AUGCCUGAAGACCACCAAACGCAUAAAGACUGGGUAGGAGGAGUCAUCAAACAAGUUGACCACAAUCCCAAAGAUCUGCAUCCAGUACUGAGGGAGUUUGAGCAAUUGAUCGAGAGUAACACCCGUGUAUACAUGCUUCUGGAGUCUAUGUUUCAGGAGGUCCCCAAGAAAAGGCCAUACAGCACGGAUCCUACGGGUGAGCCCCAGAUCAGAGACUACAGGCAUCUGCUGCAGGUAUUGAGCCACCUCCUUACCACCGCACCGUCAUGGAACGACAAGUCCAACCGCGUAGGUCUUGUCGGGCUUCCCAUCAAUGCCAUCUUGGACUGGCCCAUGGGCACGCCGAGUGGGUAUGCCGCCUUUCUCGAUCCGGAUAUCAACUCGAUGCUCAAGAAGGUACUCAGUGCGUGGGGGGAAUUUUUAAAGUCUCCUGAAUCGGCAGUGGUGCUCGACGACUCACGGAGCGGUUGGUUUGGUGAGACUGGACGCCACGAUCUCACUGCCGUUGCGAACAUCGGGAAUACCACAUAUGAGUUUGACGAAAUUUUCAUCUGCGACCCUAGCGCUCAACAUCACGGUUACAAGUCGUGGGAUGACUUCUUCACGAGAUUGUUUAGAGAAGGCGUGCGGCCUGUUGCAGCGCCGGACGACGACUCGGUGAUUGUCAACGCCUGCGAGUCCCAGCCAUACAAGAUUUCAAGGGAUGUCAAGGGGCGAGACACGUUCUGGCUUAAGAGCCAGCCCUAUUCGGUGCGCGAUAUGCUUGCCAACGACGACCUUGCCGGCCACUUUGUUGGAGGGACGGUCUACCAGGCCUGGCUCAGCUCGCUGAGCUACCAUCGAUGGCAUGCACCUGUCAGUGGAACGGUCAAGAAGGCGUAUGUUGCGGAUGGGACGUAUUAUUCCGAGCCAUUGUUUGAAGGAGUCGGCGACCCUGGAGCGCACACACAUGGGAUCAACCUAAGUGGAGAAAUCACGGCACAGGGAUACAUCACCUCAGUGGCUACUCGUGCGUUGAUCUUUAUCGAAGCAGAUAACCCGGCCAUUGGUCUGGUGGCCUUCAUCGGCGUUGGGAUGGCAGAGGUUUCAACUUGUGAUAUCACCGUCAAAGAGGGCGAUCGACUCGGGAAAGGGGAUGAGAUCGGCAUGUUCCAUUUCGGCGGUUCGACACACUGCUUGGUCUUCCAGAGGGGCGUGAAUGUGGAAGGGUUCCCUGAGCCAGGGAGACAGGAGAACGUGGCUGUCAAGAGUCAGUUGGCUGUAGUCCGGCAGUAG